AUGCAAUCAACUUCGCAUGGCCCUGCGAAAGACAACAAAGCACUAGCAGUCCGCCUGCAACGACGUGAUGCCAACCGGAAGUCGAGAACUCUAUCUCAACCGCAUCACGUUGCGAAGCGCAAUCGACAGCAGAGAGUGGACAAAGCGAUAGAUCAUGCUGACACGGAUCAAGAUGUCCGCUAUGACGCUUUCCCAUCAUCGACAGCUUCUGACGAUGGUGUCUUUGACCUCGUCGUCAGUCCCCGCAGUCCUCUCGAUCACGGAAAGAACGAUCCAUUCGCGGCGCUCCCCACGGACUUGCCAGUCGAGUUCCUCACAGAGCAAGUGCACAUGUCCGGCAUUUGCUUACGAGAGAUGAUCACGAAUUGCGAUCCAACAGAUCGAAUCGGCGCACAUUUCUCUGAGCAAGUCAUGCAGAUGGCGUCUCAGAAUCAGGCUCUUUUCUAUUCGAUGCUAUCUGCCGCCAUGGUUUUCCAAAAACCGACACGGGAAAUGAGUGAAGAACAGUCGACUCUUCAUCUGUCAAUACAGAAUCGAGCUGUGAGUCUGCUGAGCCAGCAAAUGGCUGAUGCUACAACCGCUACCCACGAGGCAAAUAUCUGGGCUGUGUUCGCGAUGGGCUAUGCUUCCGACAUUGGACCCAUUCGCUCAGGUAAAUUCCCUCGACAAUCUUUUCUCAAAGAGCUGCAAUCUCUGCACGUUUAUGGCCGCUUUCAGCUCAAUCAAAUACAUCUGCGUGGCUUGAUACAGCUCGUCAUGUUGAUUGGCGGCAUCCAAAAUAUCAAGACACCCGGCAUGGCGUCGGUCAUCAGUUUUGCUGAUCUCUUCGAGUCAUCCCGAAACAUGCGACAUACUUUCAUGCCGUUCAUACCUUUCACCAAUGCAUACCUACUAGGAGACCGCCUAGCUUUCUCUACCCAGGAGCGUCUGUGGGCACGGCAGACAUUGCCACGUCUUGGAAAGGGUUUCCUUGACGUGUGGCAACCGACAGAUCCAGUUCUGACUGCGAUCCUGGCAGUUAUGGAUCACAUGGUGGACUUCACAAUGAUUGUUGAGAACUACAUAAGAGGUCGUGUCAGUCCACGGCCAGGAGCCGCUCUCACCGAUCAACGAAACUUCGCGCAGCACGCUCUGAUGUCCUUGCCAACUGCAAGGGAGAUCGAAACCAAUACAGGCCAGCUGUGCGAUGAUCUGUACGAGCCGUGCCGGUUAGCAUUGCUCGUGUACAGCUUUUUAGUUGUGUUUCCACUCCCACCGAUCAUCGGCCUUCAUGAGAAGAUCACGUCGAGACUUCAACGAAGCAUUGUCCUGAUGAAACAAGAUCUCCAGUUCAUGGGCCAGUCGAGAUUGCGUUUCCAUCUAUGGAUCCUGACCAUGGGCGCCAUCAUCUCGAUCGGUCUGCCGCAGCGGGCAUUUUACAUCGCCGAGAUCAGGAAGAUGGUCCUAUGCUGGGUGUACAAGAUGAGGAUGCAUUCGGUGAAAUACUCGAAAGAUUUCUAUGGCAUCCAAAAACGUCUCGUCGAGAUGGCCAAGACCUCUGGCGGGAUGCGCAACGCAACCAACCUGAACCUUUCGUAUCUGUCGAUCGAUCGCAGCAAAUUAAUGUGGUCAUCCUUUCUGCACCAAGCAUGGCACGUAAGCCGAGACAAACAUUUUGAUGCCCAGUAUGGCCAUCCGUUAGAAAUGGUUGAUUUCGUCGCAGGCUUCCCGCAAACACGGGAGGAGAAAAGCGCAUCGCGAGCUGCGAUUCAGGGUAACGCUUCGAGGAUACGAUGGCGCAAAGGCACGACUGUAGCUCCGGGCUUCGUGCAGAGCCACGUCCCGGUGCAACAAUCAUCGUCGCUCGAGCGUAGACGUCCUGGAACAGUCGCUGCGACAAAUCGCGCCAGAGGCACGCAAGUCGACCCGACGAGAACGAUCGAUGCACCCACCUUCUUCUUCCAUCGGACUCUCGAUGCGCCUACACUUCCACCGUUCCUUCCCUUGCAGCCGGUGGAAGUAGUAUCAAAGGACGUUGUCUGGCGAAUGCUGAAAGCCACUAACGAGACGAUGCAACACAUCAUGUUCAGCAGAGACGACCUUGCUAAUUUCUGGAUGCAAAGGAUCACCUCCUCGGACAUUUUGUUCAAUGCGUUCAUGUAUGGAGCAGCGAUACGCGAAUUUCAUACGUCCACCGUCAAAAGCAGACGCACGGCAAUCGAGUAUCAUGCUCGAACUGUGACCUUGAUAAACGAAUCACUGUCGGACCCUGUGCAGUCCUGUUGCGAUGACAACAUCAUCACUGUGUCGAGUCUCGCGCAUCAUGAGCUGAUAGACCAGUACCGACCGCCUACCGGUAGCAUCAAGCGACCGAACCAAGGACCUCUAGAAUCGCUGCAGCUACUGGAUCUUUAUGGAGGCAAGAUCGAGCCCAACAUGGUGCACAGGCGCGGCAUGUUGACGAUGAUUAAACGUCGAGGUGGUAUGCAGGCACUCGGCAUCGCUCCUGCAGUCUUCCCGUGGUGUGUAGCAGAAGUCUUCAUCGCCAGCAGACUUCUGUGCAAACCAGCUUUCGAGUUGUUACCACUGACCGGACUCGACAUCCCAGCCUCCUUGUCGGUCAACCGGCGAAUCGACCAUCCUCUCAAGGACAUGGGCCACGGCUUCCGUGUACUCACUCAGCUGUCGCCCACAGACCAGAAUCGUGCACUGUACGCAGAUCUCGAUCGUAUGGCGCUCUACUGCCUCGGCGUAGACGACUACGCCGCUGGUCGUCGAAUGCGGAAAUCCCUGGAGAUUUUUGCCCAGGAACGAGUUUUUGUGCAACACAGCCUGCUGACAAAAUACGACGAGGAGUCGGCGGCCGAUCCCAAACCAGAUGGGAACAUCACGACACUCACUCAUCUCACAGCCGUGAUCUUCAGUCUUAUGUGCGUGAUCCCUCUUCCAACGGCGCCCUUCCAUAAGCUCGUGCGGCAGGUAAAGGCUCAAUUUGCCCAUCAUUAUUUCGAACAUGAAUGGAAAGAGGCCCCGGAGAUGAUGACGUGGAUCUUGUUCCUCACUGGCGUUGCUGCAAUUGGUAUGCCAGAGAGGAAGUGGAUGGUCUCGACCUUGGAUCGAUGUUUGCACCGGCUGAAGAUACGGGACUGGACGGAGCUGAAGGGAAUCUUACUCAAAUUUCUGUGGCUGCCUAUAACGAACGACGACGACGGUGAGGGUUUGUAUGACGAGAUCAGACGAAGCAAUCCUUUCGAGGCGUUGAAGGAUUCUGGCGCGGUUCGAGUGAUGGAAGUCUCGGACGAGAUCGAGGAGGUUUCAGUCACCUGA